AUGCCUUACGACGAGAAGUCGACCGGAACUGCCGAGGAGCAGGGUCAGAUGCUCGACGUACACGAGAAGCACACCGGCGACCUCCUGCCCUCCCCAGUCUCCGCGACGGCGCCGCGCCCUGGCGCGGGCAACAGCAAAGCGGCCCCGAAGCUCUCCGCGUCGAUGAUUAUCCCCGUCUGGAUCGCACUCUCCUCCGCGGUGAUCAUCUACAACAACUACCUGUACAACACCCUCCAGUUCCGCUUCCCCGUCUUCCUCGUCACCUGGCAUCUGACCUUUGCCGCCAUUGGCACCCGCGUACUGGCGCGGACAACACACCUCCUCGAUGGCGCGAAGGACGUGAACAUGUCGAAAGACAUGUUCCUCCGGAGUAUCCUCCCCAUCGGCCUCCUCUUCAGUGCUUCUCUUAUUCUUAGCAACACGGCGUACCUCUAUCUCUCAGUAGCAUACAUCCAGAUGCUCAAGGCGUUCGUACCAGUUGCUAUCCUGCUCAUCUCGUGGACAUUCCGGAUCCACGACCCCAGCAAGCGCCUUGCGGUGAUCGUCUUUAUGAUCUCGGCCGGUGUUGCCCUCGCGUCGCAUGGUGAAUUGCGCUUCAACCUCACUGGCUUCCUCAUCCAGGCCGCCGCGGUUGUCUUCGAGGCAUCUCGUCUUGUCAUGAUUGAGAUCCUCCUCCACGGCCUCAAGAUGAACCCGCUGGUCUCGCUUCACUACUAUGCGCCCGUUUGCGCGCUCAUCAACCUCGCCGUCCUUCCCUUCACCGAGGGUCUGGCGCCGUUCUACGAGAUCAUGCGCGUUGGCCCGCUCGUUCUCCUCUUGAACGCCAUGGUCGCAUUCUUCCUCAAUGUCGCCGCCGUCUUUCUCGUCAGCGCCGGGUCCGGUCUUGUCCUCACCCUCGCGGGUGUCUUCAAGGACAUCCUGCUUAUCACCGGCUCCGUGCUCAUCUUCGGCGCGAUGAUCACCCCCACACAAGUCGUCGGCUACUCGAUCGCGCUCCUCGGUCUCAUCCUCUACAAGACCGCGGGCAAGUAA